GCCUUAUAUCUCACAGCUCAGUGUUAAUCCUCAGAGGUCAGGAUCAGUUGCUUUCUUUGUGAAUCUGUUCUGUGCAGCAGCGGAGAGAGAACAGCAGACAGGAGAGAAGAUACUGGAGCUGUUAUCAUCAGUGUGCAAUUUUAAAGAAACCAUUGAUCGUAUACAAUAUGAGGCAUACGACGAGAGCAAGAAGUAUCAACGUGAAUCUCAGUGUAAUUUCCUGCUGGAUCUGUACUCCCAUGUGAAGGACUUUGAGACUAAAACAGGCUUGAGUGUCCUUCCAUCAUUACAGUCAGUUUUCCAGUCAGCUUCUGCAGUCUGGUUCAUAAACCUCUCAGAGAGAAAGACCUCCAUCCUCCUGGAAGUGCUGAAACUCCAACCAGAGAAGAAACAAGUGAAGCUGACAGGCUGCGCACAUGAAGAGAGUGAAGUGAGGAGUUUCCUGCAGUGUCUGCCUUAUAUCUCACAGCUCAGUGUUAAUUGUCAGAGGUCAGAUCUUCAUGAAGAAGUCUGGUUCUUUGGGAAUCUGUUCUGUGCAGCAGCAGAGAGAGAACAGCAGACAGGAGAGAAGACACUGGAGUUGUUAUCAUCAGUGUACGGCUAUCAAAAAUUCCCUGUUUAUGAUGAAUACAUGGCUCAUGAUUAUCAGUUUAAUUUCCUGCUGGACCUGUACUCCCAUGUGAAGGACUUUGAGACUAAAACAGGCUUGAGUGUCCUUCCAUCAUUACAGUCAGUUUUCCAGUCAGCUCCUGCAGUCUGGUUCAUAAACCUCUCAGAGAGAAAGACCUCCAUCCUCCUGGAAGUGCUGAAACUCCAACCAGAGAAGAAACAAGUGGAGCUGACAGGCUGCUCACAUGAAGAGAAUGAAGCGAGGAGUUUCCUUCAGUGUCUGCCUUAUAUCUCACAGCUCAGUGUUGGUUCUCAGAGGUCACAUCUUCAUGAAGCAGUCAGGUUCUUUGUGAAUCUGUUCUGUGCAGCAGCAGAGAGAGAACAGCAGACAGGAGAGAAGAUACUGGAGCUGUUAUCAUCACUGUGCACAUAUCAAACAUUCCCUUUUAUUGAGAGAUACAUCGAUGAUGAUAUUGUUCAUGCUAUAAUUAUUAUUAAUCAUCAUUCUAAAGAAUAUCAGUGUGACUUCCUGUUGGAUCUGUACUCCCAUGUGAAGGACCGUGAGACUAAAACAGGCUUGAGUGUCCUUCCAUCAUUACAGUCAAUUUUCCAGUCAGCUUCUGCAGUCUGGUCCAUAAACCUCUCAGAGAGAAAGACCUCCAUCCUCCUGGAAGUGCUGAAACUCCAACCAGAGAAGAAACAAGUGAAGCUGACAGGCUGCUCACAUGAAGAGAGUGAAGUGAGGAGUUUCCUUCAGUGUCUGCCUUAUAUCUCACAGCUCAGUAUUGAAUACGAGCCAUCAGAUGAAGCAGUCAGGUUCUUUGUGACUCUGUUCUGUGCAGCAGCAGAGAGAGAACAGCAGACAGGAGAGAAGAUACUGGAGCUGUUAUCAUCAGUGUGCACAUAUCAAACAUUCCCUUUUAAUCAAAGUUACACGCAUGUAUAUCAGUGUAAUUUCCUGCUGGAUCUGUACUCCAGUGUGAAGAACUAUGAGGCUAAAAUAGGCUUGAGUGUCCUUCCAUCAUUACAGUCAGUUUUUUUAGCUCCAGCAGUCUGGUCCAUAAACCUCUCAGAGAGAAAGACCUCCAUCCUCCUGGAAGUGCUGAAACUCCAACCAGAGAAGAAACAAGUGGAGCUGACAGGCUGCUCACAGAAAACAAGUAAAGUGAGGAGUUUCCUUCAGUGUCUGCCUUAUAUCUCACAGCUCAGUUUCUUCACUCUGUUGGCAGAUGAAGCAGCCAAAUUCUUUGGGAAUCUGUUCUGUGCCGCAACAGAAAGAGAACAGCAGACAGGAGAGAAGAUACUGGAGCUGUUAUCAUCAGUGUGCAGAUAUCAAACAUUCCCUUUUAUUGACAGAGACAUAGAUGCUCAAUAUAAAUGCAAUUUCCUGCUGGAUCUGUGCUUCCAUGUGAAGGACCAUGAGUCUAAAACAGGCUUGAAUGUCCUUCCAUCAUUACAGUCAGUUUUCCAGUCAGCUCCUGCAGUCUGGUUCAUUAACCUCUCAGAAAGAAAGACCUCCAUCCUCCUGGAAAUUCUUAAAGUCCAAUCAGUGAAAAAAAAGUUGAAGCUGAGAGGCUGCCCACGUGAAGAGAGUGAAGUGAGGAAUUUUCUUCAGUGUCUGCCUUAUAUCUCACAGCUCAGCUGUGAUCCAGACUUCUUCCAGAGUGUGUGCACAUCCAUGUCUGUAAGAUCCAGAGAGGAGGCCCAGCAGCUGGAGUCUCUGCUGCAGCUCCUGGGGUUCCAGCUGCUGUUAACAGGAGAGUUACACAGGAAAAGCUGCUGGUCUGUGGGGAGAGUUCUCAAACUGUGUGGCUCUAAAGUGGAUCUCAUCCUCACACCCAGCAAGAUGUCUGCCAGAGGAGCCGCUCUCCUCUUUAGACACACAACACAACUACACAGUCUGAGGCUUUCCAUCGACAUGUCCUUGCUCCUGUUUCAGUGGGUAAGAAGAGGCAGAGUGGUCUGUCCGCUGGCUGUUGAAGAGCUUUCUCUUGUGCCUAAGAAAGCCCGACCAUCACAGAGAGUAAUGUUGAGGGCUGUCAGUAGUUUGGCUUCCCUGCUGAGAUACUGGACAGUCGGACGGUUAGACCUGACUGAGACCUGCAUCCCUGCUCAGGGUCUGAUUACACUGCUGCUCCAUGAUGGUCCUCUAACAGUCAAACUGAGUGAAGAGAGCUUCCAGCAGCUUCUGUGUCUCCUCCAUGAAAUCCAGGACAAGGACUUGACGUUGUCCUUCUUCAGUAAGGUUGGUGGAGACCUGACCUCCUGCUGUCUGAACUGGGAGCUUCUUCACUAUCUGCUGCAGCAGUCGUCAGCUCAGACCAUCACUGUGAACCUGAGGAAGAACCUCUUCUUACAGGAGGAAACCACACGUCUGCUUCCCUUUCUGGACAGGAUUGUGUUUAAAAGGCCCAGUCCCAGCUUUGUGAUGAGCUCCAUCAGAGAGCUCUACAGAGCUCGUGACAGUCACGCUGCAUCCAGUUUACUGAGGUCACUUGGUCAUGUGAUCAACCUGAGCAGCAGAGAGCUGGACUCAGUGGACUGUGCUGCUCUGAUCUUCAUCCUCAAACACGGAGACGGAGUCAAACUGAACCUCCUGUGGACCUCCAUACCAGCAGAGGGAGUAGAGUCCAUCCUCUUCAUGCUGGACAAAGUUUCUCAUCUCAGUGUUGACAGGAAUCAGCUGCUGAGGUUCAUCCAGUGCUGUGCUGCCUGUGACGUCCAGCAGGAGGCAGCGUCAGGCCUGCUGAGGACUCUGCAGCACAGCUUGGAUCUGUCCUGCUCCUCCUGUGUGGAGCUACCAGAGGAGGAUCAGCCUGAGCCUCUGAGUCUGACUGCUGAUGACUGCAGGGCCGUCUCCACCAUCCUGACACACAGCAGCCGGGACACACAGCUCAACCUGCAAGACUGUGAGGUGGAGGACAGCGUGCUGGACCUGCUGUUUCCUGUCCUCCACAGGGUUCGUCUCAGAGUCAGUAAAACUGUCCUCCUCCAGCUGCUGUCUCUGGUUCCUGAGAACAGUGAGAGGGACACAGUGAGGCGGGCGGUGUCCCUGUGUAGAGCUCUGGGUGGAGAGCUGGAUCUCAGUCACAGCACGCUGGAUCAGAGGGCCUGUGGGGCUUUGGUCCAGAUGCUGGACUCGUGUGAAGGGCUGACAGAGCUGGACCUCAGUCACUGUCAGCUCACUGACCAGCUGCUGCUCCCUCUCAUCACACAUCUGCACAAAGUCCAAGUCCUGGAUCUGAGUCACAAUCAGAUCACUGAUGCUUCGACUGAUGUGUUACUGCAGCUGCUCUCCAUCAACCCCUCCAUCGACUGUGUGCGACUCUACAGCAACAACAUCGUGCACAGAGCAGCCUUCAAGGAACACAAGCAGUUUGAGAUAUGAAGGAAUCAUCAUCAAGUAGUUGUUUUAAGAAGACAGUUUAUAUGGAGGCUCAGGAUGUAUCUCAUCCUGAUAUAUCUUUUGUUUCUCAGCUGCUACAGAUUUUUCUUUGAUGGAGCUCAAUUGUCUAAUCGAGCUCCAUUAAAGUAAGUAAGUAAAGUAAAGUUACUAAGCGCUUUUCACAGACAAGCGGUCACAAAGUACUGUUGACAAAAGGCUAAAAUAAACAAGAACGUUAGGUGCCAAAAUAGACGAUACAUAACAUAAUAAUAAAAUACAGUAAAGUUAAUAGGUACUUUUAAAAUAAAAUAAAUAAAUCUCAGCAAAAAGCCUGAUUAAACAGAAAAGUUUUUAACUGCUUUUUAAAACAAUCCACAGAGUCAAGAAAAUGUAGUUGUGGUGGUAGACUGUUUCUUUGUGUAGCUUGGGAGUCGAGAAAGAGAUGAUUUGUUCAAGCUGGUAAACAGGACAUAACAAUAAUCUAAACACGAUGACACAAAUGCAUGAACAAUUUUUUCCAGUUCAGCUAUGGAGACCUUAUUUAGAAAUGUUGCUUAAAUUAAAGAAAAAUUAAUGAUUUUACAUUUGAGUCAAGGCCCAGAGGAGAAUCAAAUAUUUCUCCAAGAUUUUGAAUGUUAGAUUAAAAGAAGGCCUUAAUUAACAGUAGAGCUGGCAACAAUAUUCUGUUUCUUCAGUAGAGGAGUUACCUCAGCAAAAUAGGAUGGAACACAAACUUGCCUCAGUGUGGGAUCAACACUGGUAAGAGUCCCAGAUGGGACAGAGGGAGGUAGUAUAUCUAGGCAGCAUUUACUUUGGGUUCUGUUUACAUUUUGAGUAUUGGUUUAGAUUUACUACUUUGUGUUUCAGUUAAGUACAGCCUCACCUGUGUCCAUUUGUAUCAUGUUGUCAAGUUUUUAUCUUUGGCAUGUGAUCCUUCAUGUAGUUACUUCCUGUUUUAUUUUGAUAUUGAUUUGGCUCUGGUAUAAUGUAUUUAUAUUUGCUUAUGUGGUCUCAUUAUCCUGAUUGGUUUCAGCUGUGCUUUGUUCCCCAGCUGUUUUACACUCCUUUAAUUUGCUCAGUUUUAUAUUUACCUGUUAAACCUGAGAGUCCUGCAGGCAGCUACCGGGGACCUGUUUUCAGCUGAACCUUGACAGAUGACCAUCCUGAUCUGAAACUUCUGUAAUAAUGGUGAUUCAGUUAUUUUAUUUUUUGUUAGACUAUUGAGACAAAACAAAAAGGCCAACUUUUUUUUUUUUUUUUUAAUCAAUGCAGUGAGUCGGCCAUAUUUAUUCAUUGUACUUUUGUGAUAACUGUACUUAUUCUACUCUGCAUUUUUCAGUCAGGACAGAGUAGAGAGACUCUAUAAUUACUUCUCAGAGGAACGAUGCAAUAAGUGAGCAAUCAGGAGAAAACUAUGUUUGGUACUUUGACAUAACUGGAACAAAUGGCCAUAAACAUGUUAACAUAUAUCGGUUUUCAUAUUUUAUAUUACAUGACAUGGGUGAAAGUGGUUAUUUUUUCUGUGACAGUUUUCCUCAUUAAUGGAACUUGUUAACAAAACCUUCUACCAUAUUAGUUUACAGCUGCAAAUGGACUCAGGGAAUAAAUAAUAAAAGGCCAAAUGUCUGUUUAUAGUUGUAGUAAAUCAUGUUCAUGUUGCAGGAUCAUAGUCCGCUUCAGGUGCUGACGAAAGUUUUAAGACCAGGUUGACUUUAAGAAUUAAGAUCGGAGCAUUUAGAUUUAAAAUUGUUUGGCCUCACAUACUAAAGAGCACCAACAGGAUGGACCCUAAUUUACCUCACCAGUAUCCAGAUGAACAAGUAAUAAAGCAAAUUCAGCUCCCUUGUA